GGCAGAGGGACAGAAAGAGUGUGUGUGACUCAGAGUAAAGGUAAAAUAAAAAGAUUUGAAAGAACAAAAAUCAUAGUGGCAUGUGCAAAUAAAAUUCAGAUCACUUCUAUUUCUCACCACUGGUAACUUUCUCUAACCCCUUUCCCUCUCCUCCUCUCCCCCUGCCUCCUCUCCUCUUUUCUCAAACCCUGUUUUUAUUUAAACUGUGGCAAGGCUCCCUCUUGCCAUGUUUCCCAAACCAAGAGCUAUUUCCUGAUUUACUCCCUCUUUUAUAUAAUUAUUCCACAAUCUUAUGUUUUCCUUUUUUCCCCUCAGCUUUCUUUUACAGUGCUGCAUGUUUUCAUUUUAAAGCAACAUCAUGGCCUCUUUAGGGCAGAGGUUCUUUUUGUGGCCUGGCAUACAUCCACAGAGGUCAAAGUUCACCAGGGAUUUAGGAGAACAGAGAAAGGAAAAUAUCUGAGGAGAUUUGGGUUUAUUUAGAAAUGUCUGUACAUGUUCUAAAAGAAGUGCAGUAUCCUCAACUCUGACAUCAAACAGAUGUUGGAAUAAUUUGUGUAAAUAUAGUGGGUUGAUGCUAUGUUCUGCUAUCAAUUGUAGAAUUUCUUUUUUUUUUUUUUAAUUAUAUGGUCUGUGGUAGCUUUGUGGUUCAGGUUGUGCAGAGAGUUGAUAUUGAGCCCCUGAAUAAGGUUUAUCAAUAUAUGCUUGGAGUCUGUUCUUUUUCUAUUGGAAGUAGUUUUGAAUAAAAGGGUAUGCCAAGCAGUUAAAUAUAGUUCCUUAUAUCAGAACUUUUUUUUUUUUUUAACCAUGUGCCAUCAAUUUAUAAGGUGGUCAUCUGAAACAAUCUGGAUGUCAGACAACAGCAUAUGCCCCCUUUAUUUUACUCCAUUUUACUUAGUUUCGUACACGUUUUGAUUAUAUUGCCUCAUACACGUUUAUUACAAGGGGCAGUUAUGCCCUAAUGGUUAGAGAUUCGGACUUAUAACCCGAAGGUCGUGGGUUUGCGUCUCAGGUCCGGCAGGGAUUGUAGGUGGGGGGAGUGAAUGACCAGCACUCCCCUCCACCCUCAAUACCACGACUGAGGUGAGACCCUUGAGCAAGACACUGAACCCCCAAACGCUCCCUGGGCACCGCAGUUAAAAAGGCUGCCCACUGCUCUGGAUGUGUGUUUACGAUGUGUGUGUUCACUACUGUGUGUGUGCACUUGGAUGGGUUAAAUGCAAGUAUUCCAAGUAUAGGUCACCAUACUUGGCCUCACUUCACUUAUUAUUAUUUUGUGAUAUCCCUUUGCACCUUAUUCCACACAAGAACUGUGUACAUGUCGGUGCUGCACUGCCCUACACUGUGCAUAUUGUCCUGUUUAGUAAGUGUUGUACUGUCUUGCACUUUGGCACACGUGCACUUUAUGUAGUCCUGUGUAUGUCUUUAUAGUCUUAUUGUUGUUUCGUUUCACUGUGUACCACCAGCUGUAUAUGGUUGAAAUGACAAUAUAGCCACUUGAACUUUUUUUGAACUCCAGGGUCAGGUUUUCUAAAAUACAGGAAAUUGUAUAUAUUGAGGAGAAUUACAACAGCUUUCCCAGUUACAGCCACGACUCACUUCAUCUACUAGACUCCUAAGGCUAUGGAUUCAAUACAAGCGAUUCAUUCAUGCUGUGUGAAGCAGGACACUUAUGUUCAGAAAAGAGGUUUGGGGGCUCCUGAGUGGCACAACAGAAAAACAUUCACCCUAUCAUAAAGAGUUCCAAUUCCAACAGUGCCUUAGCCAUCUGUGAUUGGGAGUCCAAAGGAGCAAAACUGGCCCUGCUCUGUGGGAUGGGAUGUGGAGGGAUGAUGUUACUUUCUUCCCUGUUUUCAUCUGCCCCUGACGUAGCAUGAGUAGCAGUUCAAAAGGAUGCGAUGACUGGCUUCAUGUGAUAGGGUACAGUUAGCUAGUGGGUGGGACUUGUCAAAUGACCAAAAUGGGAGAAAACAAAUUAAAAUAGUGGUUUUUGCCCCAGUCAGCCGUCACAUGUCUGAUUUUCUUUCUGCUAGUCAUUUGGUACAUCAAACAGAAGGCCUUAUUAUGCUCAUAUGCAAAGCAUUUUAUAACCACUUUGAAAACCAGUGGGCUGACUAAGCCACAGUUGAACACAGUAUUUUAUGUGAUACAAUGAAAACAUGUACAUUUUAACUGAAAUAAUUCAACCUCAAAAAGUAUGUUUGUUGUAACCGCCUGUCACAGAUGUUUGUGAACCAGGGCAUAACGUUACGAAUAGUAAAAAACCUCAAAUAAUCCGGCUGCAAGGAUUCAUUUCUAGAUUCAUAAGCUUGAGGAGUUAACAUCAGAAAUAAAGCAUUCCAUAUGUUGAUAUUUGUACCUAUUUUGGUUCUCAAAAUUAAGUAAGGUAUAAUGAUAUACCCUUGAUGGUAAAUAUUUAUACCUUGUUACACAUCCUUUAAAACAAGAUACAAAUUUUAUUGUUAAAAAACAUCAUAAUGAACACACAAGAAAACAAAGUAAUUUGCUAGGAAUAACAUACACAAUAGACAAAUAUUAGCUUAUACCAUUAUAUACCAAAAUUGUAAGUAAGGAAAAGUAAGGAACUGACUGUCAGUGAUCAAUUAUGCAUUUUAAUUUCUAUAUGAUUAUUUUAUUGAAUGACUGCUGUAUAUUUGACGCACUUUCUGUAUUUUUAAAAUAGAAAAUCUUGGUACAUUUACUUUGGGGUGCUUAUUAUUGUAUGUCAAAAUACAUUUUGAUGUUAAGCAGAAGGUUAAGCUUUGGACUGAUGUUACAUUUAAGGGGAUUCAACAAAGUGAAAAAGGUAAUAUACAGUGGAUAUGAAAAGUCUGCACACCCCUGUUAAAAUUGCAGGUUUUUGUAAUGUAAAAAAUGAAACUAAGAUAAAUCAUGUCGCACUUUUUUCACCUUUGAUGUGAUUAUAGCAUCCAACAAAAUUCAAAGAAUUAAAAAACAAAUAAAAACAUUUUAGGGAGAAAAAAGCAAAAAAGCAUAUUUUGCUUGUAAUUUUGCUUGUAGUUUUAUAGUCUCAGUCUUUUUGGGUACGAGUCUACCAACUUAACUUAUGUUGAUUUGGCAAUUUUAUUCCUUUCUUCAAUGCAGAAAUAUAUCAAAUUCUAAGGGAAUCUCAUGUGCAAAGCCCUCUUUAAAUCAUUCCACAGGUUUUUAUAGGAUUUAGAUCUGGGCUCUGACAGGGCCAUUCCAAAAUGUUGAUUUUCUUUUUCUGAAGCCAUUCUUUUGUUGAGUUGGAUUUGUGCUUUGGGUCAUUUCGCUGGAAGGUGAAAUUUUUUUCUUCAUCUCCAGCUGUCUAAUAGAGGCCUGCAGGUUUUGUGCUAAAAUAUAUUGUUAUUUGGAGAUGAAGCAGAAGAGAAUCAGCCCCAUAGCAUGAUGCUUCACCGUGCUUAUGGUAUUCUUUGGGUGAUCAGCUGUCCUGUUUUUGUGCCAAACAUAUCUUUUAGAAUUAUGCCCAAAAGAUUCUACCUUGGACUCAUCAGAGCAUGACACAUUUUGCCACAUGGUUUGGAUUGAUUUAGGUGGGCUUGGAUGUUUCUUCAUGUGAAAGGGCUUCUUUUUUUCCUCUCUUUCUAAACCUAUCCAUUUGUUUUUUCACUUCAGUUUUGUUAGUUGCUAUAUCAUAUUAAUGGUGGAAAAAGAUCACUGGUUGUGAAAUAUAGAGCAUGCCUCUAUGGCAAGUAUGGCAGAUCUGGUGCUAAAAGGACAAAUGUUUAUUUUUGUAUGUGUGUGCGUGUGUGUGUGUGUGUGUGUGUGUGUGUGUGUGUGUGUGUGCGGGGUGGGGGGUUGGUGAGAGGACCAAAUGUCUGACAGUUGCGGCCUUGUGGUGAUAUUUGGCUGGUCCCCAGGAGGGAAACGGCCUAAAACUAAACAAAAACUAAAAGAGCCAAAAUGUUGAGGUUAGGGUUAUAUUUAGUUGUAGGCAUGGCAUUAAUUGUUUACAUUAUUAAUAACAUCAGUGGAAGGUCCUCCCAAGAAUAGUAAGACAGUAUAGUGUAAUUGUAUUUGUCUGUGUAUGUGCCUGUGUGUGUGGACAAUGAUCUGAGUCAUAGGUUAUAUUGCCAAGUUCUGACUGAGAAACGUUUUAUAGAUCCCCGGUUAUUAGCUAUUAGUACUGCUCAUUUCUGUGUGUUAAUUUGAGUCAGCUAUGCCAAACCUCAAACAAAGCCCUCCACAAUAUAGUGAGCUGACAGUGUGCAUUCAGUAUGCUGGCCAUAUAUUCUGUAUAUUAAUUAUUUUCACUGAAUUUCACCACCAAAGGAAUCCUGGUUCUCCUUAAAGCUGGACAGGCUAAGUUUCAAUGUCUACAGUUGUAAAAUGACCUUUGAGAUUGCAUUUUUUUUAAUAAGAAUAAUUUGAGCUACAUUCAUUCAUUACUAAAAGUCCACUUUUCUUGCAGUCUGUCUUUUUUUCAGUUUCAGAGACACAGACUGGGCCUGCCUCACCUUCUGUUUUUGGUGACAAACAGAUCCAUUUUUCGACUAUGCAUUUGAAUUUUCACUGAGAAAGGUGAGCAGGUGAGACAUCUCCGUUUACAUACUGCAACUGAAAUCUAAGCUGUAAUUAAAACAGCACCACCUAGUGGUAAAGUUUAUGACAUGUCAGAGAGAAAAUGGGUAAUUUUAUAAGAAGAAUGUAGGUAAACGUUUUUAAAGGAAACAGGUCAUUUUACUAUUAUAAAGUUUAUUUAUUUAUUUGUUUGUUUGUUUGUUUUGUAUCAGGCAUUUGACUAUCUGGGCUGCUUGACAUUAUCCGUCAUGGUCCGCUAGUGGCUGGUGGGCUGUACAAUGAGUAACACCAUGCUACUCUAUAUGUUUGUGCAUAAGCAAUUUGUCUUGUGUAAUCAUAAUGGACUAGUAACCAUUAUCUCUUUUUUUGCUUGUAAGCCACACAUUAGGCUGAUACUGAUACUGAGGGUGUUGUAUCUCAGCAAGUUCUUUGGUCAGAUGGGCUUAUCCAGUACAACAGCAUUCAAAUACCCUCUAAAAUCUUAACUUAUAAACAAAUCUAGACCACUGCUUACCGCUGAUUUCUGCUCUAACAUCCAGUAAGAAAGACUGUUAACAUGUGAUGUAGAUAUGCAAUAAUUCACUGAAUUCCUGUGCUGCAUUACACCCAUGUUCUUUAGUCUGUCUGCUCCUGUGUAACAGGUACAAGUACCAAAAUUCAGAGUGAGACACCUCCGCUGUGUUAAGCCUUUAAACUUGUCUCUUCUGAAAAGCAAGCAGGGCCUGAAAUAUGAGAAGCGAAAGAAAGUGGUGUCUCUUCUCUCUAUUUGGGACAUAAAAUCGCUCAGAUAUUCUCAAUCAUAAAGUAAAGCCUGUAAGAUAGCAAUUAAGAGAAACACUGAGGGAUGUGUGUGUGUGUGGGCAUGUUUUUAUAUCUUGGUGGAGAACAAAUGUCUCCACAAGAAUAGGCAUAUCUGCUUUUUUUUUUAUUUAUUUAUUUAAUUUUCUUUUAGUUACUGAGGUUAGGUGCAGACACAGCAAUAAUUAGCUGCAUUAAUAAUUAUGUCAGUGGAGGGUCCUCACAAUGAUAGUAAGACAAACUUUGUGUGUGUGUGUGUGUGUGUGUGUGUGUGUGUGUGUGUGUGUGCGCGCAUGCAUGUGCGCGUGUGUGUAUUGUUGGCAGGUGAGCUUGGCAGGGUGGAUUUGCAGAGCUGUUGUCUGGAUGCUUGUGCGGUCCAGACGGUGGUGGUGUCUUCUUUCCUGCAGGGCCCCUGCGCCGCCUGUGUUAUGCAUUUACACAUGCAUUUACACAUGCAUGUACUGUAACAGCCCACAUACACACAUGCUUCACACAACUGCACAUCCUCAUUAAUUUAUACAUACAGAUUUUCUCCUCACUUAUACAUCAUUUUAUACUUUAUAAGGCUCAUAUUAGUACUAGUAGAAAGGAUAUUAGUGGGACAUUACCCAUAGCUGUGGGUUGGUGACGCUGUUUGCAUCAUGAAUACCAAGGAUGUGAAUGUAAAAGUAUUCUUUUUUUAUUAUCCACUGAAACCUGUAGCAAGAGGAUGCCCUUUUGAAAGUACAUAAUCCUUAAAGAAAACUUUGUGUAUCUGUCUAUCUCCUUAAAGUCUGCACACACAGGUCACCAGUGCAGUAUGGGGCAGGGGGGGAGUUGGGUUACAUUCCUUCCAUCAGGGUUGUGAAGCUGCCAGGCAGGUCACUCCCAGCUCAGUUCCCAACUCAAAACACUUUUUCUCCCUUUCUCUCUCUCUCUCUCUCUCUCUCUCUCUCUCUCUCUCUCUUUCCCUUUCCCUCCCUCCUUCCCUCCUGCAUUAUGUUGUACAACUUCACAUGUGCUGAGUUGGCAGUGAUAGAAAAGAACACAGGAGUGUAAUGUAUGGUUGACUGUGUGACACGUGUGUCUGAGUGUGUGUGUCUGUGUGUGUGUGUGAGAGAGAGAGAGAGAGAGAGAGAGAAAGAAAGAAGGAAAGAGAAAGAGAGAGAGAGUAUGAAUGUGGUUAAAUUUUGGCCCUCACAGGCAGAACCUCCACCCAGUACUGUUUGGGUCUGACUCAGAACUUCUUAGACUAUUGGAAAUUCCCAGAAUUCCUUGGGCAGCCUGGCCACAGUGUUCUGGGGCUCUGCAGAGUUCAGCCAAUCCCCAUGAUUCCCGUCUCUGGUGAAGAGAAUUGCAACCUCAGAUAACUCUACCCAGUCUCUCUCGCUCUCUCCCUCUCUUUCUGACACACAAACACACACACACAGUGGCCCUAUCAUCAACGUGGGAACAGUCUUUGCAGUGGGCACUCCAUUUUGGUCACACUGAAUUAUUUAAAAGCCGUGGGCGAUUUGUCUAAUUCAUCUUGAAAUCCUGCUUAUAUUAUAGACACAUUUGGUAAAUGUUUGGAAUCAUGUUCCAUUUCUGACUUCCUGCCUCCAUUCUUUAACUCAUCCCUCUUUCUCCAUACACAUUGGAAUAAUCUGGGAUUAUAUACAUGAUAAAUAUACAAGAACAAAGUAUGUAGCUUUACACAGGACAUGCUCACAGGAAUUCAUGUGAACAAAAAAAAUCUGUUCAAUCAUGCAGCAAAGUGGGCUUAAUUUCACAUUCCAGCCGGUCUGAAUCAGAAACCCACCAGAUGUACAUGUUAUAAUGAAACUGGACUGCAAAUCAAUGCAAGAAUAUACAACACAGGCAACAACAUAUGACAAACACACAUACACUGUAGCACUUACAUAUAAGAUGACUAUAUAAAACAGUGCAUACCAAAACUAGACACAUGCAGCAUGAACUAGAGCACAUGCAGCUGGAAGAGUGAAAUAUUCUGAAGGUGAAUAAGUAAAUAAGUGAGUAAAACAGUAGUGUGGAAGAGGCCGAUUGGAAGGCAGACGGGCCUACAUGACGGUACUCCUCACAUCCCACUCAGAUGACACACAAGCUGCGUCACUUACAGUUAAACUGUGAACAGAGCCUCUCCAUUGUGUUAGUCACCCACCACUUUAUUCUGGUUUAGUCCCUCGCCAACAAUUUGUUCAUGCAUCACAAAUGUCUAUAGUUAACAGUCUUAUAUUCAUCUCAGUGAUUAUUUAUGGAGUUCAUGCAACUCUGAGAAUAAAGGACCAUUUCACAGUGCAUAUGAGAAGGACACUGGUGAUGUCAAUAGUCUGUUCAUCACAGGCAAAGUAGGGAUAAAUAUAUUAAAUUCAAUUUUCUGCCAUAGAAAUGGAGCUUUGAGAAAGGACACAGACUUCUCACGACAUUCAUAAUUUGCAAAUUCAAUCUGAGGCAAAAUUAUUCUACAAUUAGAUAAUGUGUAUUCCAUGUGUGUGGACCAUGUUUAUCCUCAAUACAGACCAUUGGGUUAUCUAUAAUUUAAACACACACACACAGUGGGGUAUAUUGGUGAAUUCUGCAUAGGAUACGGCUAGUUCAGGGGUUCCCAAACCUUUUUUUUUUUUUUUUUGGUUAAAUGACCCCAUUAUGAAUUGGCCACAAAUGGAUAUCAUGAAGUCCUGACCAUGCUACAUAGAAAAAAAGCAAUAGCCACUUUAAGACGCUAAAACAUAACUCUGCCCAUGUCCCAGAGAACAUCUCCCAAAUAUGACGAUCUCAGAUAGGAAUGUGUGGAAAUGUGAUUUUUUUUUAAAAUUAUUCAAGAAAUGGUCUCCAUAUUUUUGAAAAGUUGUUUUGAGAACCCUUUAAAGACAAUCUUUUUUUUUUUUUUCUUUUUUUUUUUCAAACUAAGAAAAUAAUGUCCUUAAUCCAGUGUGCAUAAGUUGCAUAAAUUUGAUUUCCAGUCAGUCAGAAUCAAACAUCUAGCCAAAAGGGUAACAAAAGCUAUAGUAUGUAUUUUAUAUGUAGGGAGGAAGUGCAGUGAGGGAGAGACUCCAAUAAUUGCAGUAAAACUAUUAGGUUCACUUUCCUUACCAAUAAAGUCUAAGAUAAAAAUCUAUCACAAACUGGAGAUAUACCAUCGUGUAUUUUUGAUAAUCUAGUUUUAGUGAAAUAGGCACAAUGCAAAAGUUUGCACUUAAUAAGGGAAUGCCUUGUACAGAUAGAAGAAUUGUAUGUGUUUGUUUUCUUGGCUUUUGUUGUUCCACUGAGUCAGAGUCACUUGAUGAUGUUGAGGAACUAGUGGAGUUAGAUGGAUGGAGAAAUUUGUCCAUUUUUGUUGCUGAACUAUGUUCAUGCAGUGUGUCAGGAUAGUGGAAAAAGACUAAAAUAGCAUGUACAGUCUUUUUUUAAAUGUGGCAUGUUUGAAUGGGAUUUCCAGAAACAUUUCAAAACAGUAGUGCGCAUAUUCUGCCUUCAUAGUUAGUGCGAUAUUUGUAACAUUAAUUUGUAAGAUUGUAAAAUGAGUAAAACAAAGGAGGUGAGUUUCUCUCACGACUUUAUUUGUAAAUCAGAUGAUCUCACGUUGAUUGCAGCCCCUAGUUAGUGGACCCUUGGUUAGUGGGUGUUUUAAACUGAUUAAUAUUUCCUGUUCCUCUUGAUGUCUUAUUUCUGGCAGUAACAUCAGUAGAUAACACGUUAUGACUACAGAGUGUGUUUUUUUUUGUGCCACUUCAGCACAACCUACACACAGUAAUAAAUCUGACAAAUAUUGUUCUUUUACUAUUUGUUCUAUUACAAAAAAUAAAUUAUUGCAUUAUCUGUAAAAGAGGCAAAUAUUUCUUCCAGUAUUUGGUUAAAACGUUAUUAUGCAUGGUAUUAGUUGGACCAGGAGAGCAGGUAAUGAGGGGUGUGAUUGCUGAAUGAUGUCACUGAGGGUGGUCAUGUAAAAGCUCAGGUAAGCCCACCGUGUCUCUCCUCAUACCUGAAACCCUCAGAGAAGACCAGCUAUGGAACAUGCCAAGCCUCAUCCACAGUUCUCCGACAUGUACUCUGAAGUCAUUGUCAGCUCAAGCGCAGGUAAGAAUUAUUUAUUACAGUGUUUGAAUGCAACAUUUUAAAAGUGUGCUUUCAAACUUUCUCCUAAGGCUUAAACUCAAACUCAAAUCCACUUCUGGCCCUGGGUGUACUUCACAUGACUUUGACCCACCUUCGUUUCUCUUAGUAUGUAUGAAUAUAUUCCAUGAUACCAUUGUACACUAAUGGAUAAAUGAAUGUGAUGAAAGAUUUGUCUUUAUAUGAGAGAUCUUACCAUUUUCGGUGUAUAUACAGUUUAUAUUUAUAUGAAUGAUAUGAAUAUAUGAUGCUAUAUGUUUAUAUGAUAUUUAUCCAUUCAACCACUAAUAUUAGUUAGACAAAACUUUUAAACAAAGCAAUCAGAAAGAUAAUUAAACUUAAAUUAGAUUAAGUCCAGUAGUAAGUCCAGUAUCUACCUCCCAUACUGACAUUGUGAGCAGAAACCAUUGCAUCCAAGUCCUGCGAUUUGACAAAUUAGUCACUUUUUUUUUUAGCUUUUGUUCACUUAAUCUUGUCUCAAUCCUUUGGCCUCUGGUAUCUCUCUCUCUCACGAUAUUGAGUUUAAGCAGCAAAGCCUACAGCCUAUUGGGUUCCUGGCCUUUUGUUAGGAAACCUUAAUGCUCUUAAACCCUUUCCCCUUCAGAGAACUGCCAUUUGUGAGAUGUGUUUUUGCAAAUCAAAUUCCUCCAAAGUUGAUCAAUCUUUUUCCACCUUUAACCAGAGAGAAAUGUGUACACAGAUUUUUUUUGUCUUUCAGGAACAUCUGUGUCACAAAGGUUCAACUUUCCAAAUUUUUCUUCUUCACUUUGUUGAAUGCAGAUGUUCAGGGUCCUCCAAAGAAGGAGUCCACGGGGCCUGAAAGCAGUGGGGAUGUGGCAGGUCGAGUUAGACUCCACCCGUCUCCAUCUCGCAGGAGACAUCGAACCACCUUCAGCCAUGAACAGCUGGAGCAGCUGGAGUUAGCUUUCAGACACAACCACUACCCUGACAUCUACUGCCGAGAGGAGCUGGCUCAGCAAACUAAACUCAAUGAGGCCCGCAUCCAGGUUUGGUUCCAGAACCGUCGUGCCAAGCAAAGGAAACAGGAGCGGGCCACUCAGAAAUCCCUGCAAGGAGGUAUGAUGCCAGGACGUGGGGUUCUCCCAAACAGUGCACGUGGUGGUAUGGCAAGACAGUACCAGUGCUCUCACUCCCUACCACACAUACCCAAAUUUUCCUCAGUGCUGCCCUCUGCUGAUUUCUCCCCCCACACAGCAGCCGGCACUCAGCUCACUUGCCCUUCAGCUCCCACUGUAGCCCAGCCUGCCAGGCAGCACGAGGACUGGUACUGCCAGCUGAGGCACAUUGGGGCGACAGCCGCCAGCCUGCCCCAUGCCUCAGUGUUUUCCCUGACCUCUGUCCCAGCGCUGGAGCCAGCCGUCCACUGGAACUAGAGUAGGCUGAAAGAGCGAGAUCUAAAGCCUCCCAUUUUUGUUAUUUUGUUAGUUUUUAGUUUAUUCAAGCCACAUGCCCUG